AUAUAUAUAUAUAUGUGUAGUUGUUCAUUCUUAUUAAGCGAGAGAGAGAGAGAGAAGAGAAUUCAUUCAACUUCAGAACACAAUGUCUCCUCCUCCAGUCCUGUUCUAUGUUGUCUCAAUUGCAUUACUGCUCAUCAACACCAAUGCCGAUCACGAUAGCGGAGGAUUUGUUCAAUUUACUUACUCGGGGCCCCAAGGACCAGGAAAUUGGGGGAAAUUAUCCCCAGAAUACGAUGCAUGCUCAAGUGGAAAACACCAGUCACCAAUUGACAUUGUUACUGAAAAAGUGGUGCUUAACCAGACAUUGAAGCCAUUAUUAAGACAGUAUGGUUCUACUAACGCUACCAUGCACAACAGUGGCUUGAGCAUUGGGAUGCAAUAUGGAAAAGAAGCUGGAGUAAUUACUGUAGAAGGUAGGAACUACAGUUUGAAGCAGAUGCACUGGCAUUCUCCUUCCGAGCACCGACUUAAUGGAGUCCAAUUCGAUGCAGAGUUGCAUAUAGUCCACCAAGCGGAAGAUGGCAGCCGUGCAGCUGUGGGAAUCCUCUAUAGAUUUGGCCGUGCCGAUUCACUUCUUGCUAGGAUGCAUAAAAAGUUGGCUGAAUUGAGUAAACAGAAGAGUGAACACCAUCAAGACGUUCAUGUUACGGUUGGGACAUUUGAUCUGAAACAAGUAGAGCGAGUUACCCGCACCAGAAACUAUUACAAAUAUUAUGGUUCUCUCACCACUCCUCCAUGCAGCGAGAACGUAAUCUGGCACAUCCUUGGCAGGGUGAGAUCCAUAUCCAAGGAACAGGUAGACGCUCUGAGACAUCCAUUGGAACCAGGAUGCAGGAACAACACAAGACCAAUGCAGGAAUUGAAUGGGCGAGUUGUUCAGUUAUUUAAUAAUGUUAACAACUUCUAAAUCUAUCAACACUGUCAUCUCGAUCUCAAUGUCACCUCAUCCAAUAUAUAUAUAUAUAUAUAUGAUAUGAUAUAUAUAUAUAUAUAUAUUAUCCUGUACAUACAGGUUGAUCCAUCUCCCGUGCCUUUCUUCCCCCCCCCCCCCCCCCCCCCCACCACACCCAUAAAUAUCUGUCUAAUUAGCUUCUAAUCGAGUUAGUCUUGGUGUGUUUGAGUGCUUGAUUUUCUGCAUAUGUAGCUCAAGGUUCAUGUUCUAAGUUUAUGCAGCUAUAUAUUUUGGAGCGAAUUUCAAUAAAAAAAGAGUUGGUGGCUCAUUUAAUUCUUC